AUACGCGAAUCUCGUGCUCAUAGGUAUCAGAAAUGACUCCCUACAUCUUGCUUCUUCUGGCAAUAUGCUGCACCUCCAGAAUCGUGCUUCAGGGCGCUGCGGCUAACCCACUCCUAUUCGACCUCGAGGAAACAAUUCAAGAGUUUGUGGACGCACUGCCGGUGAAGCACGGCGUCAAGGUGUCCUGGUGGGACAUGUACGGGAACAACUCGGAACUCGAGUGGUUCAAGGUCAGAACACGAAACAACAAGAUACUCGUCCAAGCGAGUCCCAUCAAGUAUGGUGAGACGAAGAUCAAUUCACUCCAACCAAAGGUGAUCUAUACGAACUGGGUCCACAAUGAACAGCCCUUCAACUCAAUGACAACCACGGUGAAGAGGUCCACGAUGCACAACACGACGCACUCGCUCAGCACUGAGAGGGCGUUCAAUUGCGGCUUUGAGUUAUCCGUCAACGCCAAGCUCAACAAAUCUGUGGGCAUCCCUGCCAACGCGUUCACAAAAUUCAAUCUGACAAACCUCAACAGCGAAUCUCACACUGAGACCGAGAAGUACUCCGUCAAGCAGGUCGUCACUGUGCCGCCACUGAGAUCCGUGAAGAUCGAGUGGCUGAUCACCGACGUUUUCAGGGAAAUCCCUUGGACGGCCGACAUCACAGUGACCGGAUGGUUCGCGGUUCGAUACGAGAGGCGAGUCAAUGGGGCAUUCCUGUGGUACUACCACGUGACAAAACUGCGGGAUCCGCUCUUUAAGCGCGUCGGACGGGGCGUGAUGCAGUUCACCACCAAUGGAACCUUCUCGAGCGUCUACGGCGUCGACGCUCACCUCAGAGUGUCCGAAUACGCGCUCAUGGACAAGAACGGGGAACCCUUGGUAAUCACCAACCGCACACUACCUUUGAAAGCAGGCCAAGGAAACGUCACUGCCCUUUAAUAAAUUGUUCUUUUUUGUGAAAAGUC